GCACAAAAUGGUAAAUAGCUGUUUGCCCUAAAAAAGAUCGAAUUCAUGAUGUUCUUACGGUAAGAGGCAAUCAACUAUCACAUGACGUUGUUGGAUAUUUAUUUUAGGCAAUAGUUCUUGUCCACCAUUAUGUCCCGGAUGAUAGUGUUGGCCUUCUGGUAGCCGUUGAUCGUUGAAAGCGCCCUUUCCUUUUUGAACUGCUUUUUUGAAAAACUUAGAAGAAACAACCAGGACCCACAUGAUAUGAGAUUUUAAUUUCACCAUCUUCCUUAAUUUGACAUCGGCGGUUUGCCAGAAUUAGAUCAGGCAUCCGUUUUGUCAAAAAGGAAAUCUUACCCAACGACAGUAGCACCUUGAUUUGAAGGGGGGAAACAAGAACUGGUUAAUCCGUUUUUUCCAUUAUCUUCUUCCCCUUUUAUUGAUUUCAAACUAUUAUUUUUCCAGGAAAGAAAAAAAGAACAGUGAAUUAAUGCUUAGUCUUUCUGAUUCUGAUUUCCUAAUCUCCCCUGCUUUCCUAGAAAGAGAUCCAAUCUCAUUUUGAUUUCCCCCUCCGUUUUCUCACUCGGUUUAUCUAUCCUGGGUUCCUUCUGGUUGUUGAUAUGGAAGAUGUACCUGGAAAAAUGAUGCAGAGGCUCUCUAGCCGUUACCUCUGCAAUCAAUGAACAGGUACAAAACAAUGUAAAGCUGCCCCCUUUUCCAGUUUCCUAUUAAAAAGCUCGUAUCUUUACCAACCCCCAAAAAUCAUUACUACGUUUCUGGGGUUUGAAUUCUGAAAUCUGCAUUUGUCGGGGGAGGGUUUUAAGGAUUUCCAGGCGCCUGUAUUCUAACAUUCACCUCUGUCUAAUUGGGUUAUUGACCUAGCAAUCAAUCCAUCUUCCCCUGCCGCAUAUCUCUGGUAAGUGUCUCCUCAAUUCUCAUCCUUUCUGCCCAUUUCAUUCUUCCAUAACUUUGCUAGUGUUAAUACGAUAUAUGAGUUUAGGGUUUUACCCCCUGGUUUAUGAUUUUGGUCAUGUGUUUGUUGUUAGUUGAAACUUUUGAGAAUUUUUGUCUUUUUAAUCUGCAAACAAACAUAUUUGGGGGGAAGAAAUGGCAAUUAGAUGCGUUUUCUGACUUGGGAAUUCCUUCUUUGUUUCUGUGUUUGGGUAUGGAGAAGACUCAGAGCUGGUGAAAUUGAUCUGACCAAACAAUUCCUUGACCAUGGCUGAAACCCAUCACCAUGCCAUGUUGCUGCCGGAGACUGAUGCGUUUAGUCUAAGAGAAGCACUCCAUGGGCAGCAGCAGAUCCUGCAAAAACUCUACCGCGAACUGGACGUGGAAAGGGAAGCUGCUGCAACUGCAGCUAGUGAAGCCAUGUCCAUGAUCCUGCGCCUGCAAGGUGAGAAGGCUGCAUUGAAGAUGGAAGCCAGCCAAUACAAGAGAAUGGCAGAGGAAAAAAUGUGCCACGCGGAAGAGACGCUGGAACUCUGCGACGACAUGAUGUACCAGAAGGAGAUGGAGAUCGCAUCCCUCGAGUUCCAGCUUCAGUCUUACAGGAACAGACUUGUCAGCACGGGUCCUAACGAUGCACCCGAGCUUGAUCUUGCAUCUCACAAAAGCGACACUUCGUUUGGGGAAAAGGGUAGCGGUGUGAGGAGGCUCAACUCGUUGCCUCAGCUUGCUUUGAUGGAUUUUAGCCAAAAGAAAGUAGGGUUUGACAGGAAGCAACUUCCCUCAACUAGCACAGCUACUAUUGAUGAGGAAGCCGAAUUUCAAGAGAUUCAUGAGCUGGAGAAGAAGUUAGUGGGGGGUCAUACUGCUGGAGACUUAAAUUCUUACUGGGAACAGAUCAAGAAAUUGGACGAACGACUGAAAGAGAUGUCGGAUGGAAGCAGCAAAGAUCAUACUAGCAAAAACAAGUCUGCAAUUUGGAGAGGUGGGACUUGGUCUCAUUCAUCAUAUUCACAACUUACUGAAGGAAAUAAUGGCAAUAUUUCUGGUGAGAAUUCAACUUCACGAGACUUGGAAGUUGGUUUGAGUUCUCUUUUACCUUCCAAUAAUGGUAUGGAUGACAAUCUUGAGAGUCAAAAAAAGCGUUGUGAACAGUUAAGGAAAGGUACAUCGUCAGGAGAGCAAGCGAAGACAGAGUUGCAAUGUCCUUCAAGCAACGAGAAGAAGAAAGCUCCCAAAGACGCACCACUUGUUGACCAUGGUGGUUUGCCUCCUUCUCCUGCUUCAGCACAUCAUCCUUUGGUGACGCCAUGCGAUUACCAGAAGCUGAUGCGAAGAAUUGAGAGGCUGGAGAGGGGGAGGAACAAUGUGAGGCAGCACCAGGAGAUUGUUUCUUGUGGAGGAGGGCAAACAGCAGAAGAAGAGAUGCAUCUGUUGAAGGCGAUUCAAGAACAGCUGAGUGGGAUCCAGACCGAACUCAGGAGUCGAAAAGCUCAGAAACCUAUUGUUCCAGAUGAACCAUGUCUUGAUGUUCUCCAAGAGGCAAUGUUAUACUUCUGGCUAUAAGACAAUCAAUGAGUUUCAUACUGUACAUUGCUACAAACAUUACUACAUACAUUAGUUUUUGUGAGAAAAAAAAGUUUAGUGUGUAGAUCUGCACUUCUCUGCAGACUGCAGGAGAUGGUGACAUUCUGAUACACAAGGCAAGGCAGUUUGUAUAUAAGUAAAUAGGCCAGUGGCGGAUACAUGGACAUCUAGGGACACCCCUAAAAUUUGGAAGAACGCUUAUCCAACCCACGAUUGUAGUUUCGUAUGGAGAAAAAAAUUAUAAUUGGUAAUUCGGGACACCUUUAAAUUUGAAAAAAAUGAUUAUACUACUCUCGAUAGUAGUUUGUGUAAGAUUAAAAAAUUAUAAAUGGUAGUUUGUGUUAUUCAAACUUAGGACACUAUUAGUAUUAAACAUAUUCUUUAGGUUGCAACUCAUUUCUUGUUCUAUUUAAACACUAAGAAAUAGUAAAAACAUUAUUGCUUAUCCCCAACUAUUUUCAAGACCUAACAACUAAACUAAUUGUGGGUUAUCCUUAAUUUGAUUUGAUUUUAUAGUUACACAGCAAGAGUUAAAAGAGUCUUUCAACUUUGAGAUACAUAAAGUACAAGGUUAGAAUUCGAAUAUGAGAUCAGUUCGUAUAUUAUUGUCUAGUAUGAUAUAUAGAUUUGUUGAGCAGUAAAGACAUCGAGUAUAUUUUAUAUUCUAUUUCAGAAUAUGAAAACACGUCGUGGCCUUUUGUUAAAAUUUGUACUAGUCAUGUAUUUUCUUAUUUAUGAAUUAUUUAUUUUAUUAUUUAUUUUUUUAAAGAGGACACUCCUAUAAAAAAUUUCUGGAUCGGCCACUGAAAUAGGCAUGACUGAUUUCUUCUUCUCUGACUCCUUCUGUAAAUAGGGUGAGUGCCUGCCUUUCAGUUGAAUCUUUGGCACCUUUCUUUGUACCGUGGUUGUUCUAAAUGACACCCGAGGGGCUCUCAUUUUACAAGAUCGUCUUGUUUGUUAUUGGGCUUGUCAAGACUACGGGCACUUUUAUUCACUAUAAACUGUUACACGUAAUUAGGAAUACAAGGUCGGCAAUAUCUCGAUUUUCAUGUCUUGUGGCAGGUUAAGUCGAUCAUAUCAUUUAUAAUUUAUUAGAGACUUAGAGUUGAUACAUAUCUAAUAUCUUGGUCAAUUUUUUAAUCUAUAAUAUUGUGGCCAUAAUUAUACCACGUGGCAUCCACAUCGUCAAGAUUGAGAGAUCAGGUAAAAAAAUUAUAUAUUGGGAGGAAAGAAAAGAAGGGGGAAAAACAAAUUAAAGGAGGGGCUAAGAUCAGGUGACUAAGGGGGUUCCUUAGUCACAUAACUAGGUCAAUCUCCACCCUUCACCUCAUUAAAAUUCAAUGGCCCAUAAUAAUCCAAUUUAAUAAAGGACAAUAUAGUAAUUGCAUGAUUAUUUAAUUUAUUAAUUUAGAUAAUAAACAAAGAAAAAUCAAUUUGACCGCUGCUGCCUUCGCGGUUCCCCCGGCCAGAAAAAAUUUCUGCCGGCUUUUGUUUUUUUUUCCGGCGUCUCCUCUAGCCGGCGGCGACAUUUGCGAUUGGCGGUUGCUGUCCAUUUAUACCACGUGGCAUCCACAUCGUCAAGAUUGAGUGAUCAGAUAAAAAAAUUAUAUAUUGGGAGGAAAGAAAAGAAGGGGGGAAAACAAAUUAAAGGAGGGGCUAAGAUCAGGUGACUAAGGGGGUUCCUUAGUCACAUAACUAGGUCAAUCUCCACCCUUCACCUCAUUAAAAUUCAAUGGCCCAUAUUAAUCCAAUUUAAUAAAGGACAAUAUAGUAAUUGCAUGAUUAUUUAAUUUAUUAAUUUAGAUAAUAAACAAAGAAAAAUCAAUUUGACCGCUGCUGCCUUCGCGGUUCCCCGGCCAGAAAAAAUUUCUGCUGGCUUUUGUUUCUUUUUUCGGCGUCUCCUCUAGCCGGCGGCGACAUUUGCGAUUGGAGGGAGGGAGGGAGGGAGGGAGGGAGGGAGAGAGAGAGAGAGAGAGAGAGAGAGAGAGAGAGAGAGAAUUUCCCGGUGAUAGUGUUGGAUUUUGUGAUGUUUGCUGACCUAUUUUGUAAUGUUUGUAUAGAUUCGGUUUGUAUUGUUUGUCAUUUUUAGUGACAUUUUGUACGGUUAGUAUGCUUUGUACUGUUUGUCGGUUUAUUUUGUAAUGUUUGUACGCUUUGUUAUUUUGUAAUGUUUGUCGGGUUUUUUUUGUAAUUUUGUAAACUUUGUUAUUUUGGUGCACCAUGUUUGUAAUGUUUUUUAUGUCUAAAAAACUUGGUUGACUUUUGGAUGGAACUCCUCUAUAUAGGGAUGGAGCCUCCAAAGUCAACCCGGGUGUUUUUUCCAGUUCGUAUGGAUUGUCGGUCUAGUUUGUCAUUUUUGUCCACCAUGUUCGUAAUGUUUGUAUGUCUAAAAAACAACCGGUUUGACUUUGAGACGGAGCCUUCUAUAUAGGGAUGAAGCCUCCAAAGUCAACCCAGGUAUUUUUCCAUUUUGUAUGAAUUUUUGGUCUAGUUUGUCAUUUUUGUUCACCGUGUUUGUAUGUCUAAAAAACACCGGGGUUGACUUUGGGAAGGAGCCCCACUUUAUAGGGAUGGAGUCUCCAAAGUCAACCUGGUUGUUUUUUCUUUGGGUUAUAGGUAUAAUAUGCCCCUCUACUAUGACGUUUUAUCAAACAUACCCCUCUAUUAUCUUUUACAUCAAACAUGCCCCUGUACUUUGGAAAACUUGCCAAACAUGCCCUUUUGUUAAAAUUUUCAUCCAAAAACCGUUAACCAAGACCGAACUUUGGUUUGGGCGACCCAAAUAUCUAAAAUAUCCCUAAUAAUUUCACUUUAGAGUUUUUUUUGUUCUUUUGUAUAGCCAAAUAAUUCUAAUAAUUUCACUUUGACGACACCUAGAGAAAUAAAACAAGGGUCAAAACUGACAUUUCUCCUCCCAUUUAUCGAUGUUAGUUCGUCUAAAUCUCGGUUCAACCAUGAUUGACGAUUUUUUCAAUGGAAAUUUCAACUUAAGGGCAUGUUUGAUAAUUUUUCCAAAUUACAGGGGCACGUUUGAUGUGAAAAAUAGUAUAGGGGCAUGUUUGAUAAAAAGUCAUAGUAGAGGGGCAUAUUAUACAUAUAACCCUUUUUCUUUUUGUAUGGUUUGUAUUGUUUGUCGGUCAAGUUUGUAUUUUUUGUACAGUUCAUAUGUUUGUAUGUUUUGUCGCUCUAGUUUAUACUGUUCGUAUGCUUGUAUGAUUUGUACUGAUUGUAAGUUCGGUUUGUAUACUUCGUAAUUUUCCAUAAUACCCAAACUACCCCUGUCAUUAAUUAAAUAGUUCUUCCCACUUUUUAACCAUCAGAUUGCUAUAUCCAGAUCUAAAAGCUAGGAGGGGCAUAGUCAAGUGACUAAACACUCAAAGUCACUGUAUCCUCUCUCUUAAAGGAGGGCAUGCAUCAAAUUAGUAUGCAAUAUUAAUGAUGUUAAUAAUAAUAAAGAUAUGUCAAAAUC